CAUUCAAUAGCCCUGCAUCACUAUUGUCAGGGUCAACACAUCGAAGUAGAGCAAGACCAAGAAGCAAUGGGCUCGACAGUCCAGUUUCCUUCCAAGUAUGCAAGCACGGAGUCUCGGAAUGCUUCCAUGCUUUCUAUGGACCAAGUGCGGUUGGUCGACGGGCCUGCGAGAUCCAGUGAAUUGUCGGUACUGUCAAGGCAAGGCACUGCGCUCGACAUAUGCGAGUAUAUGUACGGAAACUCGCCUGCCUCGAGCUUCUUAGACGCCGAAUCCUUCUACGAACCCAAUGCUGGUAUAUACGAGAAUCCACUGCUGACGGCGACGUCUCGCUCGAUCAUAUCUGACAUCUAUAACCUGACACGUCGGCUGUCCUCGGUGGAUAUACCGAAACCCCUGGCGAUGCUGUACAUCCUGCUUCGUCUUCGACCGCCGGAAGGUGAUGGCUCUGGUGAUCCGUGGUUCAGGGGCCUUCGCGUCUGGUCCGAAGUGGGCGAGAUAAGUGAAAGCGAGAAUGUCGAUGGGCAUCGUAACAACACAGUUGAGCAUACGCUCAACAUCCUCCUUCUCCCUGGUCUACAUACCGGAUCGUUCGGGCCUCGACCAUUACCAUCACACCAACCACCUACACCCCACUCCGGAGCUUCCUCUGCGCCCCGCAUCCCCACUCCAGAGUCGCCGCUGCUGAAUCGCCCACUGCACGUAUCGGUAUACGGUCACUACCCGUCCGAUCCAUCCUUGCCGGUCCCAGGAACCUCACUGGCGAUACCCAGCCCCCUCCAUUUCCAGCUGCACAUUCACACCAAACUCUCCUUCAACGAACAGGGCCGCAUCACGUACCACCGCGACAUCUGGGACGUUAAGGACGUCAUCGGCCUAGUCCCCGGCAUGGGCAUCGCACAGUGGAUCGCAGGCCGGAUGGCCGCGCGCUCCGUCGCCUGGGCGAGCCGCACGCUCCUCCGCCGGUUCGGGCUGGGUGGUAGCAGUAAUACCACGAAUAAUUGGACCAGCCAGGCGGAGACGUCGCCCGAGCAUAGGGCCGAGAACGGGAGGGCGAAGCUACUGAGGAGGCAGCCGUCGUAUACGUUUCACCAGCAGCAACGCCGCGACGUGGAGCUACCGCACCAGUACUAUCAGCACCAGUACCCGCACCAGCAACACCCGCAUCCACUUUCGUACCCGCACUCGCAGCAGACGACUCGGCCCUCGAGUCCGCUGUUAUCGCCUGCGCAGGCAUAUGUGGAGCGCGUCCGCGGUGUGGACGGAUGAAUGGGCAUGAAAUAGCCUCUCUACCUUCUUCCAUGUUACGGGGACGUUUCAGCAGCCGUUGCAACUCGACGCACAUGCUGUCUCGUGUAUCCCCUCCAGUUUCAGACAAUGCAGGGUCACAGUGGAGCGAUGCGCUGGCCUGUUCAGAUGCUGGUUUUUGUCAUUUUAACUUGCGGUGUAAAUUUUGUAAUCUCGUGCGACUGCAGCACUGCAGUCUAGUGUUUCGUGUAUGUGUAACCAUGUGUAUCGCUAAGAUUAAUAUUCGACCUUUCGUCUCUUUUUGUUCCUGCCAAUGUCCGAGCUUCGCAGAUCUUCAAAGGCAGUCGAAAUUUUUUUGUACAUACCUUCGAAGCAGGUCACUGAAUCAGCUGUUCAUGCCAAUGCCGUGUUUCAUACGUCCCAACAAUCAAUCC